AUGGAAAAAUAAAUGCGAGAGACAGAAAUUUUCUUUUAAACUGAUGAAGAAACUGAUAGCUAGAGUAUCUAAACCUAAGAAAUCUUUAAUUAAGAUUUGUAAACAUCUACAGAGUAGACUUCAGUAAAAUCUUAAAUUUAAAUUGCAAAAUCUAUGAAUUAAAUCAGAAAUCAUAGAGACAGCUUAUAUGAUAACUUAAAUCUAGAUAAUUUAGAAGACAUAUUUGUUGAAAGAUAAAGUAGUAUGAAUAGCAAUAACUAGACUAAUAUUAAAUCUAUUGAUCCUGUUAAAAACAAUAAAUAUUUUUAAAAAGAUGACUAAAUUUAUACUAACUAUUAAAAUGAAUAGCAAUAAAAAGAACAUGGGGAUUGGUCAGAAAAUUCAUAUGAAAUAAAAGAAUUGUGUUAUUAGAAUUCUGAAAUUACAGAUAGCUAAAACAAUUUUAAUAAGCUUUAAAAUUAAAAAACUCUUAAUAUACAAAUAAUACCUGAUUCAACUUAAGGUGAUUCCUCUUAAGUUAGCUUGUAAGAGAUAGAAGACAAAGUUAGAAAUAAAUCCAAUAGGUUUACAAUAAAAAAUAAUUAAAAUAAUUAAGAAGAUAAUAGCUAAAGUGAUACAGAUGAGCAAGAGAAUUUUAAUAAAAAUUAAACCUCAAAUAAUAACAUUAAAAAUAUGGAAUUUAUCAAUGCGUAGAAUUAAAUAAACAAAAUAGAAAAAUAAGAAAAAUUAUCAUCUAAUAAAAUAAAUAAAAAAUCUUUUUCAAACUAAGAAAGUAAUAACUUUUUAAAUGAUAACAAAAGAAAUAAUUCUGAGAUAUUUACAUCUCUUUCUAAGUAAAAUGGAAGCUAAGAAAAAAUACUAAAUGAGUUAAUUUAGUUAAACUAAGACUAACUUUAAAAAAAUGAAGACCAAAAUAUUAGAAAAUAAAAAUUUUCUCUUAAUAACAAAGAUUUCUAACAAUUAAGCACUUAAAUAUUUUUAGAAUAAUCUAAUUAAAAUGUAAUCAGAAAAAUUUGUAAGAUGUUAAGUAUGCAAGGAAGUAAAAUCUUCAAUAUUAUUGAUUAAUAACCAUCUGAAUUUAAAAUAGUUUCUGGUGAUUUUAUUUUAAAAAACUUUGAUGUAAUCUAAAAUUACAAAAAAUUUUUUCCACAUAAUAAACUCACAUUCUAUUAUUGA